GACGUCGGGCAAAUCCCCAACGGUCCAGAGCUGGUUUAAGGGAGAGGUUUGGAUUGGGCCGAAGAAACGGCAGCUGUCAAUCUGGGCCUUCACGCGAGCCGUAGCGCGAACAUUAGGCCCAGCCUACCAGAGACUCGAAUGGUAGUGUGCACGCCGCACAUCAAAAUCUUUAUGAUAUAUCCCCCCCUCUAACAAUAACCAGCCCGGAUAAAAUGCCUUUGCCUCUGCAAGUGUUUAACUUCCAGAACUGACUGAAGCGCUUUCUGAAGUACCAGUGAUGUCUGAAGCUUCGGACGUCGUCAGUCUCGUGGGGUCUGUAGAGCCCAUGCAAAUAGACGCGGACCCCCAGGAAGACCAGCAGAACGCUCCGGAUACCAAUUACAUAGUGGAGAACCCAACGCUGGUAUUGGACCUCGAGCAGUAUGCCACCAGCUACAGUGGAUUAAUGCGCAUUGAAAGGCUUCAGUUCAUCGCUGAGCAUUGCCCUCAGCUCCGAGUGGAAGCCCUGAAGAUGGCCCUCACCUUUGUCCAGAGAACCUUCAAUGUCGACACUUACGAAGAGAUCCACCGCAAACUCACAGAGGCCUCACGGGAAGUGCAGGGUGUGCCAGACACUGUACCUGAGGGUGGUGUUGUUCCUCCACCCCUGGAUUCAGCCUGGGCAGAGUCCACCAGAAAAAAGGCUCUGCUCAAACUGGAGAAACUGGACACUGAUCUCAAGAAUUACAAGGGAAACUCCAUUAAAGAGAGCAUCAGGAGAGGUCACGAUGACUUGGGGGAUCACUACCUGGACUGUGGAGAUCUCAGUAAUGCCCUCAAGUGCUACUCCCGAGCCAGAGACUACUGCACCAGUGCUAAGCAUGUCAUUAACAUGUGUCUGAAUGUCAUCAAGGUUAGUGUUUACCUCCAGAACUGGUCCCAUGUUCUGAGCUACGUCAACAAAGCCGAAUCAACGCCAGAGAUAGCAGAGCAAAGAGGGGAGCGAGAUAGCCAAAAUCAAGCUGUCCUCACCAAGUUAAAGUGUGCUGCAGGUCUGGCAGAGUUGGCCUCUCGAAAAUAUAAACCAGCAGCCAAGUGCUUCCUGCAGGCUUCUUUUGACCACUGUGACUGCCCAGAGCUCCUGUCUCCCAGUAAUGUAGCCGUCUAUGGAGGCUUAUGUGCAUUAGCCACAUUUGAUAGACAGGAGCUGCAGCGUAACGUCAUCUCCAGCAGCUCCUUUAAGUUAUUUCUAGAGUUGGAACCUCAAAUCCGUGACAUUAUCUUCAAGUUUUACGAGUCAAAGUACGCAUCUUGUCUCAAGCUGCUUGAUGAAAUGAAGGAUAAUCUCCUGUUGGACAUGUACCUGGCCCCACAUGUCAAGACACUGUACAGCCAGAUCAGGAACAGAGCCCUCAUCCAGUAUUUCAGCCCCUACGUGUCAGCAGACAUGAUGAAGAUGGCCCAGGCCUUUAACACCACAGUAGCAGCUCUGGAGGACGAGCUCACGCAGCUCAUACUGGAGGGGCUUAUCAACGCUCGUAUCGACUCCCACAGCAAGAUUCUGUACGCAAGGGAUGUGGACCAGAGGAGCACCACGUUUGAGAAGUCGCUCCACAUGGGCAAAGAGUUCCAGAGACGAGCCAAAGCCAUGAUCCUCCGUGCUGCUGUGCUGCGCAAUCAGAUCCACGUCAAAUCUCCACCCAGGGAAGGCAGCCAGGGGGAGCUGACACCAGCCAACAGCCAGACCAGGAUGACCACCAACAUGUGAAGAUCAGGACUCUUGCUCUGCUGACAACAGUCCCAGACUGGAGGGGAAGGGUCUCCAUGUCAUUCAUCAAAACCAACCCGA